CCUUCUUCUUUGUUGUAGCCCCAUUCUCACUAGUCAGUACAGUACUUCCCUCUGCAAAAACAUAGGCCGUUCUGAAUACCCACAACUCACAGAAACACCGAAAACUGUUUUCAAAGUCUGGAGGUGUAGAAGAAAGCGGUCUGUUCAGUUCAAACUCAAAAUUGGUAGGAGAUGAAGAAAGGAUUGCACCCUCAGAUGCAAUGGGUAUCCUAUGUGACACAGAGUGGGAGAUUGAUGCACGUUAUGAUGACCAAGAUACACCAUGUCGGUAAAGUCUACCACUUGAAGGCGAAGCGUCAAAUGGCUGAGAACCUUGGGCAGGUUGCCAAGUUCAGGCAACGUUAUGAGAAGGCGGCUCCUACUCAGAAAGAUGCACCGUGAUUGGUACGGUGGUCUGGAUUUUCAAUUUCAAUAACUCGUGUAUCACAGUUUUUUGUUAUGUUUAACUUUAUGAAAGGGGUUCCACUGGGAUCCCAUUUUCCCUCUUAAUCACUGUCUACAUUUUUUUACCGAGUAAAAACUAAUGUGGUUCAGGAGUCAGAGUUGUUGCUACUCGUUGGCUUAUGUUCUGUUUCUACAUUAAUUGCAAUAACCUCCUGGUUCUUAUUGUAUGAAGGUUUGACAUGAUAUGGUUUUGAAACAUCUAUUGUAGAUUCUAAAUGGAAUUUGCACACCAUCA